AUGGCGAUCAGCAUUGCCUUCCUCAUCGUCGCCUUCAGCGCUGGUGGAGAAUUGUCCUUCUCCCUCCCUGCUCUUCUUCCCGUGAAUGUUCCCCCUGAUCCUCACCAAUUCCACCCCUCAUUUCUCCCCACUCCCUCCCCCCUCAUGCUUCAUGUCACCCUCUCACAAGAUACGGCGACUGCUCGCUUCUCUCUCCUUCCAUUCACCGCUCACUGUCAGUGUGCCCCACGCCGCUUCUUCUUUCGCCCGUCGGAUCCCACCCCCCUUUUCAUCCCCUUCCCCUUCACUCCAUGUCCCACCAUGGCGUUCUCAUACGCUCUACUUACCUUUGCCUCCUCCCAUGCACCGCAACUCCCUUUUCCCCCGUGCCCGCAUCCCCCUCUACCUACCGCCUUUCUCAACAUUCCCACAUCCCCCCUAUCCCUCCCUCCCCAAUACCUCAUUCUCUUUUUCACUCCCCUCUCCCACCCGAUCCCCAUGCCCCAUCCAUUCCCCCAUUCCCCCAUCCGUCGAGCCCCUCCUAUCCCCCCUUCCCCCCUCCAUUUCUCCAUCUCGCCAGUCCCCCGCCUUUUCCUGCAUGAACUUGGCAGUGGCCCUCGCCUGCCACAUGCCGUUGCUGCUAGGGUGAUUGGAGCAACAGCGAUGGUCUACACCCACGCUGCUGUCAAGCUGUCAGAUCUCUCCCUGACCUUUACCAGGCAGCAAGACGUGUCCCGAUCGGUGUGCGAGGAUGCGUGCCUGCGUACUGCAAUGGUACAAAGCCGGUGUGUGAGGACUGCAUGCGCAGCACCAUGCGACCGCAUGCCAGCUUGUGCAGACCGCAUGGGGCUGCGCAAGCUGGCGCGAGUGGCCGCGGCUACGGCCCCCGAGGAGGCAGUGGAAUCCAAUGGGCAGCGCACGCCGUCUCUUUCUGACGUCCCUCCUUUAAAGCCACUCUCUGACCCCUCUCUCCUACCCACCCACCUCGGUCUUCCCCCUUUCUCUCCUCCGCCGCGGCCCAUGCCAGGAGUAGCCCGCCCUUGA